CAUAUGAGACAAUUCUUGGAUCCAAUAACCUCCGUCUAACUUCCGGCCCCGAAAACUUAGGAAGGCCUUGAUGAGGCGUGUCACGUGUGUUCCAAAUCAUCCCCAAAAUCCAAGGCAUCGUCAUCUCCUCAGAGUCAAACCCACAUUGACAACGAAUCCGCCAAAAUGCGAUAUACACCACUCGUCUAUUCCCUACUGACUGCGACACUUGCAGUCUCUGCUCUCCCCGAAAAACAACGACCUUUACAGAAUAAUCUCGGUCCCGCGAUGCCUCCCCCUCCGUCCGACUCGCCCUCCACCUCAGACCCCUCGGGCGGCGAUACGGUUAUCCUUUCAGAUGUGCUGGGAAAUGAUCGCAGUAUCAAUAUCUUUGCAGGCUUCACCCGCGAUUUCGCUACGAUCAGUCAGAGAUUCGAAGAUAGUGCGUUGAAUACGACGAUAUUAGCGCCUGUUAAUAGCGCGAUUAUGGGAUUACCUCGUAAACCGUGGGAAGAUCCAAAGGAUUAUGAUGAGUUAGGAGCGAAUGCGUAUGAAGGUGGAGAUGGAGAGGAGAGAGCUCAGAGGAAUCUGAGGAGGUUCGUGGAGCAACAUUGUGUUGCUGCUAGUCCCUGGAAGGAGGGGGAGAAGUUAAAGACGCUUGCUGGAGAUGAGAUUUGGUGGGAGAGUAAGGAUGGGGUUAAGAUGAUUCAACCUGGCAAGAUUGAGGUCAGCAGCGUUGCGAGCAGAGUUCAUAAUGGGGAAGUUUGGAUACUGAAGGGUGUACGAAACUAUGCUUGAGCUGGGAUACCCUACAUCUUUAUUUUGCGAAUUAGGCGUACAUAUGGAAGGGGCUUGGACUAGUUUUAUAAUGGAUUAUGAUAGAUUAUGUCGAUGUGUAUUGAGAGAGUUUUGAUGAGAGCUACUGUGCCGU